GUCUGGCAGGCUACAGUCCACAUAGUCACAAAUAGUCGGACAUGACUGAGUGACUAAGCACAGCACAUAAAUAAUAUAAAUGCAACACCUCAUUUGUUAAAGUAACAGCUUCUGACUGUUACUUUAAUGAAUGAGAUAGAUUUCUUUGUGAGCCACACAUUUUCUGUUAACAAGCUGCUCAGUGUUUUUUAACUAGAUGAAGUCCCUCCAAUAUGUAUACUGUCCACCCCCAAUUUUCCACCAAUAGGAUUGCAAGACAAGCACAGCAUCAGCUGAUAGUCACUGGCUGAUAGUGUUGAGUCAUAAUCAACUCCACCCAUGCUGGGCUGCAGACAGCAGGGCGGCAGUGGGUUCAGUGUAAAGGAUAUCAGCCCCAAAGAGGAAUUCUUCCUCAAGAAGGUUCUUGUUCCAAGAACCAUGUAAUAAGACUCAAAAGGCCUUAGUGUAGACUUCCAUAGCUCACCAUCUUCCUUUCUGAAGUUAUAUGGAAAUUCUUCAGACAAUAAACUCUGUCUUGGUGAGGAAGAGUCCUUUAAAGAAACAUGGUGAAUUACUACAAAGUCCUAGGCGUGCCUCACAAUGCUUCCUCCUCUGAUAUUAAGAAGGCCUAUCACCAGUUAGCUCUUCGGGUCCACCCAGACAAGAACUCAGAAAACCGGGAGGCAGCUGAGGAGAAGUUCAAACAAAUAGCAGAGGCCUAUGCGGUCUUGUCAGAUGCCGAGAAACGGGACAACUAUGACAACACCAGAAGGCACUGCAUCAAAAGGGAAAACAGAAGAGAUGGCAGGGACAAGGAUUAUUUGAAGAAGGAACUGCGCUUUGCAAGCCCAUGCUGUGACUUUCAAAGCAUCUUUGAAGAUCAAGACUUCUUCUCAGGAAACUGUUUUCCCACUGACAGUGUGGGAGGGGCCAGGAGAUUCCGCUCCUCCUUCUUUGAUGUGACCCCCAUCCUGGACACAGGAUUUUCUACUUUUGUAUCCCUGGGCUCUGGGCCGAAUUCCCCUUCCUCCAAGACAUUUGUACCCUUCAUAAGCAGUGGAAUGGGAAACUUCAAACUGGUCACCACUUAUAGCCAGGUAGUGAAUGGCAAGAAAGUAGUUAUAAAGAAAGUUCUAGAAAAUGUGAGCCAGAAGACCAAAAUGGGAAAAGACCACCUAUUUCAUCAGAUUCCUCCACGCCAUGGGUAAGGAGUUGCUGCCGUGUUCUUUGAUAGGGAGACUUUGCUGUGAGGCUGGUGUGUCUGGUGCUGAUCCCAGACAGAACUGGAAUCUGAGAAUGUGUUGAAAUGGAAUG